AUACAGAACGAAAAAGCUUGGUAGAGUUAAGAUGGCGGCAUGUGGGUGAGGAGGCUGUAGUUCUUAGCUCGGGAUUUUUUUGUCAUAAAAUUUUUACAUGAAUCCUUACGUAUACAGAUAUCGAGAAAAUAACAUUUCUUACACACUUGACACAUUUGUGUGUUAAUUUGGAUUGGAUUCAUGACAUCCAUACACUUCGUGGUUCACCCGUUGCCCGGGACUGAGGACCAGCUCAAUGACAGACUUCGUGAAGUGUCGGAGAAACUCAACAAAUACAACUUUAACAGUCAUCCACACCUCAACCUGCUGGAGCAGGCUACCUUAAAACAGUGUGUAGUUGGACCAAACCAUGCUGGCUUUCUGCUUGAGGAUGGACGUGUGUGUCGGAUCAGCUUUGCUGUCCAGCCUGAUCGUCUGGAGCUGACCAAACCAGAUGGCAACGAUGGUUCAAAGUUGAGUGGCAGUGGUUCAGGGACAGGAAGGAGCUCCAGGCCAGGCAGGACUAGUGAUCCUCCCUGGUUCCUGUCUGGCUCUGACACACUGGGCAGACUGGCAGGCAACACCCUUGGGAGUCGCUGGAGCUCCGGGGUGAACGGUGGAUCAGGUGGUGGAGGAGGUGGCGGCGGUGGCAGCAGCAGCAGUGUAGGAGGUGCGGGGGGAGGAGGUGUAGGAGGAGCUGUCAGUGGAGGUGGUGGUGGAGGCUCCUCUGGGAGGUCGUCUACAGCUGCCAGGGACUCGAGACGUCAGACCAGGGUGAUCCGCACAGGGAGGGACCGGGGCUCUGGUCUCCUGGGCAGCCAGCCCCAGCCUGUCAUCCCUGCCUCGGUCAUCCCAGAGGAACUCAUCUCCCAGGCUCAGGUGGUCCUUCAGGGGAAGUCUAGGAGUGUGAUCAUCCGGGAGCUCCAGAGGACCAACCUGGAUGUCAACCUGGCCGUCAACAACCUACUGAGCAGAGACGAUGAGGACGGUGACGAUGGCGAUGACACAGCCAGCGAGUCCUACCUCCCUGGAGAGGACCUGAUGUCCCUGCUGGACGCUGACAUCCACUCAGCCCACCCCAGUGUCAUCAUCGAUGCUGACGCCAUGUUCUCUGAGGACAUCAGCUACUUUGGCUACCCCUCCUUCAGACGCUCCUCCCUGUCCCGCCUGGGUUCCUCGCGAGUUCUCCUUCUUCCCUUAGAGCGUGACUCAGAGCUGUUGCGUGAGCGUGAGUCUGUGUUGAGGUUGCGGGAGCGGAGGUGGCUGGAUGGGGCCUCAUUUGACACAGAGAGGGGCUCCACCAGCCGCGAGGGGGAGCCCAGCCUGGACAAGAAGAACAUACCCGUCCAGAGCCCUGUCUCUCUGGGCGAGGAGCUGCAGUGGUGGCCUGAUAAGGAUGGUGUAAAGUUUGUGAGCAUCGGGUCCUUGUUCUCUGAGCUGGUGGCAGUGAGCUCUAAGGGGGAACUCUACCAGUGGAAGUGGAGUGAACCAGAACCAUACAGAAACACACAGAACCCUUCUAUCCGCCACCCCCGAGUGUCCUUCCUUGGCCUGACCAAUGAGAAGAUCACCCUGCUGUCUGCUAACAGCAUCAGAGCCACCGUGGCCACGGAGACCAAUAAGGUGGCGACCUGGAUGGAUGACACCUUGAGCAGCGUGGCGUCCAAGCUGGAGCACAGUGCCCAGGCCUACCCUGAGCUGCAGGGGGAGCGCAUUGUGUCUUUGCACUGCUGUGCCCUGUACACCUGCGCCCAGUUGGAGAGCAGCCUGUACUGGUGGGGUGUUGUGCCGUUUAGUCAACGGAAAAAGAUGCUUGAAAAGGCUAGAGCCAAGAACAAGAAGCCAAAGUCGAGUGCCGGCAUCUCCUCAAUACCCAACAUCACCGUGGGAACGCAGGUGUGCCUGAGGAAUAACCCCCUCUACCACGCCGGUGCCGUUGCCUUUUCUGUCAACGCUGGGAUCCCCAAGGUGGGACUGCUCCUCGAGUCUGUCUGGAACAUGAACGACAGCUGCAGGUUCCAGCUGCGAUCACCAGAGAGCCUCAAGAACAUGGACAAGACCAUCAAGACACAGGAGAUCAAAACGGAGAGCAAGCCGGAGUUGGUAAAGACUGAGAUGGGCCCCCCUCCUUCCCCGGCCUCCACCUGCAGUGACACCUCCUCCAUCGCUAGUAGUGCCUCGCUGCCCUACAAACGAAGACGCUCGACCCCGGCUCCCAAAGAGGAGGAGAAGGUGAACGAGGAGCAGUGGCCUCUUCGGGAAGUGGUGUUUGUGGAGGAUGUUAAAAACGUCCCUGUGGGAAAGGUGCUGAAAGUGGACGGUGCGUAUGUAGCUGUGAAGUUUCCAGGGACGUCAAGCAGCGUGAGCACACAGCCGAGUCAGACUAGUGCUCCAGCUCCCAUCACUGACUCGGACCCCUCCUCACUGCUGCAGGACUGUAGGCUGCUCAGAAUAGAUGAGUUACAGGUGGUAAAAACUGGUGGAACUCCUAAAGUUCCAGAUUGCUUCCAGCGUACACCUAAAAAACUCUGCAUCCCAGAGAAGGCUGAGAUUCUGGCUGUGAAUGUUGACUCCAAAGGAGUCCACGCAGUGCUGAAGACUGGUAACUGGGUGAGGUACUGUAUCUUUGACCUGGCCACAGGCAAAGCAGAGCAGGAGAAUAACUUCCCCACCAGUAACCUGGCCUUCCUGGGGCAGAGUGAACGCAAUGUAGCGAUCUUCACCGCUGGACAGGACUCUCCAGUCAUCCUUCGGGAUGGAAACGGCACAAUUUACCCAAUGGCCAAAGACUGUAUGGGUGGGAUCCGAGACCCUGAGUGGUUGGACCUGCCGCCCAUCGCCAGCCUGGCCAUGGGGGUACACUCCUUGGCCAACCUCCCCACCAACUCAACCAUCAAGAAGAAAGCUGCUAUUAUCAUAUUAGCUGUGGAGAAGCAGACGUUGAUGCAGCACGUGCUGCGUUGUGACUUUGAUGCCUGUCGUCAGUACCUGGUCAACCUGGAGCAGGCUGUUCUCCUGGAGCAGAGUCCCCACGUUCUCCACUCCUUCCUGGGCCACCGCUGCGACGGCAACCGCAACAUCCUCCACGCCUGCGUCUCCGUCUGCUUCCCAGUCAGCAACAAGGAGACCAAGGAGGAGGAAGAAGCUGAACGGUCUGAGAGGAAUACGUUUGCAGAGAGACUGUCAGCAGUGGAGGCCAUCGCCAACGCAAUCUCCGUGGUGUCUAGCAACAGCUCUGGGAACAGGACGGGCUCUUCUAGCAGCAGAGGGCUGCGUCUGAGGGAGAUGAUGAGGCGCUCUCUGAGAGCAGCGGGGCUUGGCCGGCACGAGUCUGGCCCCUCCUCCAGCGACCACCAGGACCCUGUGUCCCCACCUAUCGCCCCUCCCAGCUGGGUGCCUGACCCCCCUCCCAUGGACCCAGAUGGUGACAUAGACUUCAUCCUGGCCCCUGCAGUGGGAUCUCUCACCACAGCCUCCACAGGGACCAGCCAGGGCCCCAGCACCUCCACUGUACCAGGCCCCUCCGAGCCUUCGGUGGUGGAGUCUAAAGACCGCAAGGCCAACGCCCACCUCAUCCUCAAACUGAUGUGUGACAGCAUGGUUCUCAGGCCACACCUCCGCGAGCUGCUAUCCGCCAAGGAUGCCCGUGGAAUGACCCCAUUCAUGCUGGCAGUCAGCGGGAGAGCUUACCCAGCUGCCAUUACUGUUCUGGAGGCUGCUCAGAAAAUGACCACGGUGGGAGACCCCAGCAUGACUGAGAAGGUGGAAGCAGACUCUGUGUUCAUGGAGAUGAUUUGUCCCACGGGGACCAACCCUGACGACUCUCCUCUCUAUGUCCUCUGCUGCAACGACACCUGCAGCUUCACCUGGACAGGAGCUGAACACAUCAACCAGGAUAUCUUUGAGUGCCGGACCUGCGGCCUGUUGGAGUCUCUUUGCUGCUGCACUGAGUGCGCCAGGGUGUGUCACAAAGGACACGACUGCAAACUCAAGAGGACCUCCCCCACUGCGUACUGUGACUGCUGGGAGAAGUGUAAGUGUAAGACGCUGAUCGCUGGACAGAAAGCUGCUCGCCUGGACCUACUGUACAGACUGCUCACCACCACUAACCUGGUCACCAGUCCAAACAGCCGGGGGGAGCAUAUCCUUCUGUUCCUGGUGCAGACUGUUGCUAGGCAGAGUGUGGAGCACUGCCAAUACCGGCCCCCUCGCAUCAGAGAAGACAGGAACCGCAAGGCUGCCAAUGCUGAAGACUCUGACAUGCCGGACCAUGACCUGGAACCUCCACGCUUCGCCCAGCUGGCCCUGGAGAGGGUGCUGCAGGACUGGAAUGCUCUCAAGUCCAUGAUAAUGUUCGGAUCCCAGGAGAAUAAAGACCCGUUGAGUGCCAGCAGUCGUAUCGCCCAUCUCCUUCCGGAGGAGCAGGUGUACCUGAACCAGCAGAGUGGCACCAUCCGCCUGGACUGCUUCACACACUGCCUCAUUGUCAAGUGUGCCCCUGACAUUACAUUUAUUGACACCCUGCUGGGGACCUUGGUGAAGGAGCUGCAGAACAAGUACACUCCUGGCCGGAGAGAGGAGGCCGUCGUCGUCACCAGGAGGUUCCUGCGCUCCGUGGCCAGGGUGUUUGUUAUCCUCAGCGUCGAGAUGGCUUCGUCCAAAAAGAAAAAUAACUUCAUCCCCCAGCCCAUUGGGAAGUGCAGGCGUGUGUUCCAGGCCCUGCUGCCCUAUGCGGUGGAGGAGCUGUGCAACGUGGCGGAGUCCCUCAUCGUGCCUGUGAGGAUGGGCAUCGCCCGGCCCACUGCCCCCUUCACCCUGGCCAGCACCAGCAUCGACGCCGUGCAGGGCAGCGAGGAACUCUUCUCUGUGGAACCCUUGCCACCGAGACCCUCCCCAGACCAGUCCAGCAAUUCUAGUCAGACUGCAUCGUCCUACAUCAUCAGGAACCCCCAGCCUCGCCGCAGCAGCCAGUCCCAGCCGGUCAGAGGGCGAGACGAGGAGCAGGAUGACAUUGUGUCUGCUGACGUUGAAGAGGUAGAGGUUGUCGAGGGUGUUGCCGGGGAGGAGGAUCACCAUGAAGACCAAGAGGAACAGGGAGAGGAGAACGCUGAGGCAGAGGGACAGCAUGAUGAACAUGAUGAGGAUGGAAGCGACAUGGAGUUGGAUCUGCUGGCUGCUGCGGAGACGGAGAGUGACAGCGAGAGUAACCAUAGCAACCAGGACAAUGCCAGUGGUCGGAGGAGUGUUGUCACCGCAGCAACUGCCGGCUCCGAAGCAGGAAGUAGAAUGUCCCUGGCUUUUCAAAGUGUUGGUGCCAGCAGUGUCCCUGCUUUCUUUUCAGAGGACGACUCCCAGUCCAACGACUCAAGCGACUCGGACAGCAGCAGCAGCCAGAGCGACGAUGUGGACCAGGAGACCUUCCUUUUGGACGAGCCCUUGGAGAGGACCACCACCGCCUCGCACGUCAACAGUGCUGCCCAGGCGCCACGCUCCAUGCAGUGGGCUGUACGCAACACCCCCAGCCAGAGAGCCACGGGCAGCGCCCCCUCCAGCUCCUCCACCCCCGCUGCAGCAAGCUCCACAGGUCUGAUCUACAUCGACCCGUCCAACCUGCGGCGCAGCAGUGCCAUCAGCACUAGCGCGGCCGCUGCGGCUGCAGCUCUGGAGGCCUCCAACUCUUCCAGCUACCUGACGUCAGCCUCCAGCUUAGCCCGGGCCUACAGCAUUGUCAUCAGACAGAUCUCUGACCUAAUGAGCCUCAUCCCCAAGUACAACCACCUGGUCUAUUCCCAGUACCCUGCUGCAGUCAAACUCACCUACCAGGACGCUGUCAACCUGCAGAACUUUGUUGAGGACAAGCUGAUCCCUACGUGGAACUGGAUGGUGUCCAUCAUGGACUCUACAGAGGCUCAGCUGCGUUACGGCUCGGCCCUGUCCUCAGCAGGCGACCCCGGACACCCAUCCCACCCCCUCCACGCCUCGCAGCACUCCGCCCGCAGGGAGCGCAUGACAGCCCGCGAGGAAGCCAGCCUCCGCACCUUGGAGGGACGCAGGUCUGGGCGUGCUGCCACUCUGCUGACAGUGCGUCAAGGGAUGAUGUCAGCACGGGGAGACUUCCUGAACUACGCCCUGUCUCUGAUGCGUUCCCAUAAUGACGAGCACUCUGACGUUCUGCCUGUGCUGGAUGUGUGUUCUCUCAAACACGUGGCCUACGUCUUCCAGGCCCUCAUCUACUGGAUCAAAGCCAUGAACCAGCAGACAACUCUGGACACAACACAGAUGGACCGCAAGAGGAGCCGAGAGAUUCUGGAACUGGGACUGGACAAUGAAGACUCUGAACAUGAGAAUGAUGAGGACACCAAUCAAAGUUGUUUUCUGGUAUUGGAAGGCAGACAAGCCAGAAGAAAGGCAGUUAGGCAGAAACGAGGCAAAAAGAAGAGGGCAGCUCCCAAAGGUUCCACGCUCCAGGAUAAGGAGGAUGACACGGUCCCUGCUGAGAUGGGACAGAACCACCCGUUCUUCCGGCGCUCUGACUCCAUGACCUUCUUGGGCUGUAUCCCCCCCAACCCCUUCGAGGUCCCCCUGGCUGAGGCCAUCCCCCUGGCAGACCAGCCUCACCUCUUGCAGCCCAAUGCAAGGAAGGAGGAUCUGUUUGGCCGUCCUAGUCAAGGCCUGUACUCGUCCUCAUACACAGCAAGCAAAGGCCUGGCUGAGGCCACCCUGGACCGCAGCUGCAUGGAGGUUAACAUGGGCUCCUCUCAGAUCCUACCCACUAAGAUGUCCUACUCAGCCAACUUGAAGAACGUGAUGAGUAUGGAGACUAGUCAGCGUGGCCGAGAGGACCAGCCCAUGGACCAGGAGCUAGUGGCUCCAAAGCCAGGCCCCUCACCCCACGACCUAGCUGCCCAGCUGAAGAGCAGCCUCCUGGCUGAAAUAGGCCUCACUGAGAGUGAUGGCCCCCCGCUCCCUUCCUUUAGACCCCACUGUAGUUUCAUGGGGAUGGUGAUCUCCCAUGACAUGCUGCUGGGCCGCUGGCGUCUGUCUCUGGAGCUGUUUGGGCGCGUCUUCAUGGAGGAUGUUGGAGCAGAGCCUGGAUCGAUUCUGACCGAGCUGGGGGGUUUUGAGGUGAAGGAGUCUAAGUUCCGUCGGGAGAUGGAGAAACUCCGUAACCUCCAGUCCCGUGACCUGGCCCUGGAGGUGGACCGUGACCGUGACCAGCUGAUCCAGCAGACCAUGAGGCAGCUCAACACCCACUUUGGACGGCGCUGCACCACCACACCCAUGGCUGUGCACCGCGUCAAGGUCACCUUCAAGGACGAGCCGGGCGAGGGUAGUGGCGUGGCCCGUAGCUUCUACACGGCCAUCGCCCUGGCCUUCCUGUCCAAUGACAAGCUGCCCAACCUGGACUGUGUGCAGAGCGUCAGCAAGGGCAUGCAGGCCAGCAGUACGUGUCAUCACGAUUACAACUCAAGUAUGACAUUGAAUCUGAUGCAGCGGCUGAGGAACAGAGACCGGGAGAGGGAGCGGAGGAGUGGAGGGCUCCGAGCCGGCUCUAGGAGAGACCGAGACAGCUCCCGUUUGGCUAAUGUCUCUUCUACCAACCUUGAUCGCGGUUCCCGCAGCACUGACAGCUGUGUUGACAUGACAACUGGGUCGGAGUUCCGAACCUUCAAAUGGAUCAUGGACUCGAGGAGACAGCUGUCCAUUGACACCCGGCCCUUCAGGCCAGCCUCGGAGGGAAACCCCAGUGAUGAACCUGACCCCCUGCCUGCCCACAGACAGGCCCUGGGAGAGAGGCUGUACCCCCGCGUCCACGCUAUGCAGCCGGCGUUUGCCAGUAAGAUCACUGGGAUGCUGCUGGAGCUCUCCCCAGCCCAGCUGCUCUUGCUCCUGGCCAGUGAGGACUCUCUCAGGGCCAGGGUGGAGGAAGCCAUGGAGCUGCUCAUUGCACAUGGAAGGGAAAAUGGUGCUGACAGCAUACUGGACCUGGGUCUCCUGGAGGCUCCUGAGAAAGCACAGCAGCAGGAGAACCGUAAGCGUCAUGGCUCCACCCGCAGUGUGGUGGACAUGGAGCUGGACGACCCUGAAGACGGAGAUGACAACGCUCCCCUGUUCUACCAGCCCGGGAAGAGAGGCUUCUACUCUCCCCGGCCUGGCAAGAACACGGAGGCCAGGCUCAACUGCUUCAGGAACAUCGGCAGAAUACUAGGGCUGUGUCUGCUGCAGAAUGAGCUCUGUCCAAUUACUUUGAACAGACAUGUCAUCAAGGUGCUGCUCGGCAGAAAGGUGAACUGGCAUGACUUUGCCUUCUUUGACCCGGUAAUGUACGAGAGCCUGCGGCAGUUGAUCCGUCACUCUCAGGCUGGAGAGGCGGACGCUGUGUUUGCAGCCAUGGACCUGGCCUUUGCCAUAGACCUGUGUAAGGAGGAAGGGGCUGGACAGGUGGAGCUGCUGUCAGGUGGGGUCAACAUGCCUGUGACUCCUCUCAACGUUUACGAAUAUGUGAGAAAGUACGCUGAACACAGGAUGCUGGUGGUUGCCGAGCAACCUCUUCAUGCAAUGAGGAAGGGUCUGUUAGAUGUCCUUCCUAAGAACGCCCUGGAGGACUUGACAGCUGAGGACUUCAGGCUGCUGGUCAAUGGCUGUGGAGAGGUCAACGUGCAGAUGCUCAUCAGCUUCACUUCCUUCAAUGAUGAAUCUGGUACAAAGACCUUGGCCCGUAUUCACAAAGAAUCUCAGAGGGAAAAUGCUGAUAAGUUGUUGCAGUUCAAACGCUGGUUUUGGUCCAUUGUGGAGAAGAUGAGCAUGACUGAGAGGCAAGAUCUGGUGUACUUCUGGACCUCCAGUCCGUCUCUGCCAGCCAGUGAGGAAGGCUUCCAGCCCAUGCCCUCCAUCACCAUCAGGCCUCCGGAUGACCAGCACCUGCCCACAGCCAACACCUGCAUCUCGCGUCUCUACGUGCCACUCUACUCCUCCAAACAGAUUCUAAAACAGAAACUCUUACUAGCCAUUAAGACCAAGAACUUUGGUUUUGUGUAGAGGUUGACAAACAUGUUUACCUGUUGUGUAAUAUUUACCUAGUUCCAUUUUUGUAGAUUUGAUUUUUGUCUAUACAAUUUUAUGGAAAUCGAAGAAAAUACAAAAAUGCUGUCGCUCCCCUGGUGGUUAUUUUGUUUGUGUUGUGAACACAGACGGCUUGUUCUUAUUUUAUUUUAUUAUUUUUUUAGUUCUGAAGGUAAUAUACAUUCCUGCAUUGGCUUUGUAAAGUUGAAGCCCUCUGCUCUAUUGGCUUAAACCUUUUACUUCCCAGGAAUUUGGCUUGACAGCAAACUGUGCCGAAGCUCAGCCAAAGAGGACCGCAGUAGAAGUAUUUAAAAAGUAAAAGUAUAAUAAAUAAAAAAAACACUGAUUAUGAUUUUGUUCCUUGCCCUAAACAGAAUACUUACUAUCACUGACAGUUUGCUGCUGCCUUGGUGGAAAGUUAUUAUUUUUCUUGUAUAAGGGGAGUAGGGAAUUUCAAAAUAAACUUGGAUGCAAAUUA